GCGGCCUACGCGUCCCGCUUCCUCGUCUGCCCCUCGUGUUUAGGGGCGCUCCCUCUCUUUUCCCUCGGCGGACGAGCGGCGAUGGCGGCCCUGGCAUCUCUCGGCGCCCUGGCGCUCCUCUUGCUGUCCGGCCUCUCCUGCUGCUCAGCAGAGGCCUGCCUGGAACCCCAGAUCACCCCUUCCUACUACACCACCGCUGACGCCGUCAUCUCCACGGAGACUGUCUUCAUUGUGGAGAUCUCCCUGACGUGCAAGAACAGGGUUCAGAACAUGGCUCUUUAUGCUGACGUCAGUGGAAAGCAAUUCCCUGUCACCCGGGGCCAGGAUGUGGGGCGUUAUCAGGUGUCUUGGAGCCUGGACCAUAAGAACGCGCACGCGGGCACCUAUGAGGUCAGGUUCUUCGAUGAGGAGUCCUACAGCCUGCUGAGGAAGGCUCAGAGGAAUAACGAGGAUAUCUCCAUCAUCCCACCCCUGUUCACAGUCAGCGUGGACCAUCGGGGCACUUGGAACGGGCCCUGGGUCUCCACCGAGGUGCUGGCCGCAGCCAUCGGCCUAGUAAUCUACUACCUGGCGUUCAGUGCCAAGAGCCACAUCCAGGCCUGAGGGCAGCACCCCCGACCUUGCUUCUUUCAAUAAACAGUUACUGGCUCUCAUGAGCACGUUCUGGACACGGCUUGCUGGCCUGACUGUGCCUGCCACG